GACGAGCAGACGCUUCGUGCGUAUUUGUCUUCUAACUCACCCAUCUUUCAGGAUGAUAUUGCGAGAGGCUUGCUUUUCGAGGAUCUACAUCUCUGACGGAAUGGAUUGUCCUGCAUUUCAGCACCAUAUGGAUAUGGAUUCUUUAUUGCAAGGUGAAACCGAACAGCCAAGGAAACUAGAGAUCUGAUUCACAGCACCUGGGAAGGGUCGAGGAGCGCAAGAAUGGGAACUAUUUCUGCGCGAAAGCAAAAGUAGAGGCAAAUAUUACGGGAAGAAAAGAAAAAUGAGAGCGUUUUGUUUUUUGGUGCACGUUGUGAUAAACAUUAAGGCACUGUGUGACCGUACCGAACCUUUCUGAUCUUUCCCCCCAAGGCUUUAAUAUCGAUCAAUUAGAGAUAUCCCACCCUGUCCUUGUCAAGCGACCACCGGCUGACACUUUUUUUUUGCUACACCGAAGGAGCAUCGCUGAGGAAAGGUGGAUGGAGCUCCAAAAUCUGCAGCGCUGUCAGACGCGGCUCUGAGCGCCAGAUACUCUCAUGUUCCUGGGCCCAUGCCUCCAGUCUCCGCUCUCUGCCAGACCGUCCACAUGUAGCAGCUCCAAUCUGCAGUCUGACGCCGCCUGUGGAGCCUUCAUGAGCAUCUGCAGCCAGUCCACACUUCUCUGAUAGAGUUGCCCUGAGAGAUGGAGUGGCUGAUCUUCUCCCUGCUGGUACUGGCUGUGUCUGCGUCAGGGCAGCUGUGCCCCAAGCGUUGCAUGUGCCAGAACCUGUCGCCAUCUCUAGCUAUCCUAUGUGCCAAGACCGGCUUGCUUUUUGUGCCAACAGUCAUCGACCGCCGCACAGUGGAGCUGCGUCUCACUGAGAACUUUAUCACAGCGGUAAAAAGAAGGGAUUUCGCAAAUAUGACCAGUCUCCUGCACUUGACUCUCUCUCGCAAUACCAUCAGCCAGAUUAUGCCUUAUACUUUUGCUGAUCUUAAGCGGUUACGUGCGCUUCACCUGGACAGCAACCGGCUGAGUGUCAUCACGGAUGACCACUUCCGAGGACUCACCAACCUACGGCACCUUAUCCUUGCCAACAAUCAACUGCACAACAUCUCUCCACAUGCAUUUGACGACUUUUUGGGGACUCUCGAGGACUUGGAUCUUUCAUAUAAUAAUCUUGUGGACAUCCCUUGGGAUACUAUAGGACGCCUCACCAAUGUGAACACUCUUAAUAUGGACCAUAACCUUAUAGAGCACGUACCUCUAGGAGUUUUCUCGAAUCUACACAAACUAGCCCGAUUGGAUAUGACAUCCAACAAGCUGAAGAAAAUCCCCCCAGACCCCUUGUUCCUUAGGAUACCAGUUUAUGCCAAGUCAAAGGGGUCACCCCUUUCUUCCCUUGUCCUAAGUUUUGGUGGAAACCCUCUACAUUGUAACUGUGAGCUACUCUGGCUAAGGAGAUUGACGCGAGAGGAUGACUUGGAAACUUGCGCAUCCCCUUCUGAUCUCACAGCGAAGUACUUCUGGACUAUCCCAGAAGAGGAGUUUAUCUGCGAUCCUCCUGUGAUUACAAGGAAAUCUCCAAAAACCUUUGCUAUGGAGGGCCAGCCGACUAGCCUGAAAUGCAAGGCUAAUGGGGACCCAGACCCGGACGUUCACUGGAUCUCCCCAGAAGGCCGACUAAUUGCUAACACUUCUCGUACUUUAAGCUUCAGCAAUGGGAGCUUAGAGAUCAACAUCACUUCUCUAAAGGAUACAGGAGUCUUCACUUGCAUCGCAUCUAAUGCCGCAGGGGAGUCUACAGGCACAGUGGAGUUGGUGGUCAGCCCUCUGCCACACUUAGCUAACAGCACUAACCGGAUACGAGAACCUGAUCCAGGACCAUCUGAUAUAUUAACCUCUGCUAAGUCGACUUCAUCCGUCAGCAAUGAGACUAGGUCUCAGGAGAGGAAAGUGGUACUUGCUGAGCUUACCGCAAAUUCUGCACUCAUCAGGUGGCCUUCGCAACAACACUUCCCUGGAAUCAGGAUGUAUCAGAUUCAGUACAACAGCUCAGUAGAUGACACCUUGGUGUACAGAAUGAUUCCCUCUACGAGUUACGACUUCCUGGUGCGAGACCUGGUAUCCGGACGAGAGUACGACCUGUGCGUUUUGGCUGUCUACGAUGAUGGCGUGACCUCGCUGACCGCUACACGGCAGGUGGGCUGCGUCACAUUUGUCACAGAGACGGAGUUCAGCCAGUGUCAGUCGAUCCGCAGCCACUUCCUAGGCGGCACUAUGAUCAUCAUAAUUGGUGGAAUCAUUGUGGCCUCAGUAUUAGUUUUCAUCAUCAUCCUCAUGAUCCGCUAUAAAGUCUACAGCCAACAUGGCGCAGAUUCUGGAAAGGGAACUGCCAUGACGAACGUACGUUCGCAGACAAAUGGGGGGCAAGCAGCAGGGCAGGUCCCGCGCUCCAGCUCCAAAAUUGUGGAGGGCCAGGAGGCGUCGGGAGGAAGUUUAGGGGGAGCUGCUGCUAGUAUAAAGGACUCAACUGCAUUGGUGCUUGUUACAGACUCAGAGACAGCUGUGCAAAUUUCGGAAAUAUCUUCCGAGGACAUAGUGUCGCCAACACAAAGGCACCAUCCCAGAACUUGUAUAGAACUCAAGAGGCGGCCUUCGCUGUCCUGUAAAGAAGGAACAAGCUCGGACACACAGGGAGACAUGGCAAGCCCACAGGUCAGCGAUGAGAAGAAGGCUCAACGAGAUUGGAGUGACUUUAAAAUUUGAUGACUCCUUCCGCUGUCCCACAAGAGACAGCCAACAGCCCUGAAGAAGCUGGCCAGGUCAUCUGAUUAUGGGGAGGAAUAUGGAAUAAUUUGUCUGAGCCCCCAUUGGACUUUCUCCCCUGAGUGUUCACUGGAUUUCAAUGACUAUCCAACCAUUUCCUACCAGGACUUAUUCAAGGACUCAAUCCACUACUGCAACCACUGGAAACGGAGCACAAUAAUUGUUCUCCAUUGCCGGCUUUUGGAACAUAUUGCCUUUUACAACCCAGCGGCCGGGACUGUCAAUGUGUUUGCUGCAGACCACAGUAUGCAUUGUUUACUGGGUUCAAGAAUAACACCUCACUGGAAGAGAUAUUCAUCACCCUUCACCCAUCCAAUCAUGUAAACUGCACCAGUGAGAGGAAAACUCGGAUGGGACAAAGUAAACAGCAUGUCUGUGCUUUCUGCACUUUCAUCAAUCUGCCCUCCACCUCUUCCUACUCCUCCAUCUCUUCUGGCUUUACAGUGUCAGUCCUGACCCGUCCUGUCCAGAGAGAACUGAAACUCAAAGAAUCCGAAGCAACAAAACUAAUUGCAGCAACAGUCCCAACAGGAGCACACAUAUACCUGUUAAUUUGAGUCUUUUGGUCACUUUUUAUUUUGCCAUUUUCUUUUGUAACUGUACAUAAAUCAAUUUAAGAUCUUAUAGUUUUGUACAUGUAAUUUUUAUGUUGUGUGACUUUUUUUUAAUAAAAUAAAAGACUGGAUAAACUCUGA